UAACCCUAAAUCAAAAUAAUCAGAGAGAACAUAGAAAGUGAAAGAGAAGAUUUUCGAUGGCUAAUGAAGUGAACGGUGAGGAAUUUGAUGAAGAAACAGUUGAGAGAGAAGAAAACGAGAUUGAGCAGGUAGUGGAAGACUUCGUCGACGAGCCUCCUGUACGCCACGACGAGUGUCCCUCCAGUGAGGAUGAGGAUGAGGAUGAGGAAGGUGAACCUCGUAGGAAGGCAAAGGCAAAGGUCCCUGUGAAACACGGUGCUGGAGUACUUUACAAGGGGCAACGUUUCUUAAAUGGUGUGGCUUUCAAGGACUCUGUGCUCGAUUAUGCUCUGAAUACAGGCCAUAAUAUCAAGCAGUACCGGUAUGAUAAGGAUAAGAUUGGGUUCAUAUGUGUUGGUGGUGAAGGAUGUGAAUGGAAAGUGUAUGCGUCCACUCUUCCUAAGGAUAACGUUUGGAAAGUUAGAGUCUUCAUAGAGGAGCAUUCAUGUAUUCCAAAUGGUGAAUGUGAGAUGUUAAAAAUUCCUCAAAUUGCAAGGCUUUUUGUUGAUAAGAUUAGAGAGGAACCAGAAUACUACAUGCCCAUGAAGAUUGAAAAAUUGGUUCAUGAAAAAUGGGGGUUUACGGUAUCUAGGCCUCAGUGUCAGGCUGCAAGAAACAAGGCACUAAAGUGGAUUGAGUUCGAGAAUGAUCAUAUGUUUGCCCGGCUAAGAGAUUAUGCUGCUGAGUUGGUCCAUUCAAACCCGGAUUCGACUGUGGAGAUUGAGACUGUGACUAACACAACUGGUCAGGAAGAGUUCAACAGGAUAUUUAUUUGCUUUGAUAACAUCAGAAGGACAUGGAAACAGUCAUGUAGGCAACUGAUAGGAGUCGAUGGAUGCUUCUUAAAGCACAAAGUCAAGGGACAGCUUCUUGUUGCAUUAGGAAGAGACGCAGAUAAUGCUAUAUAUCCAAUAGCAUGGGGGGCUGUUCAAGUCGAAAACACAGAAAACUUGUUAUCCUUUUUUCUAAACUAUUGUCGGCUUUUGGUGUCUAUUUUAGCAUUUCUUUUGUUCAAACCAAUGACAUUUAUCAUUUUUAUGUCUAAUGCUUCUUUUUGCAAUAAAAUUUCUUAAAACCAAAUCAUUUAACAUUGAAAAACAUGUCACUUAGCAUUGAAAAGUAUAGUCAUUUAACAAUAAAAACAGUCUUUCAUUGUGGGUUACAUAACAACAUUACUAAAACACAACAAGCAUAACUAAACUUAACCAUUUUCUUCUUAUCACAUUCACCAUGAUUUGAGACAAAGCUCCAUGAUACCAACCAACACCACACCUCCAAUGACAGCUGAUAACAACGUUUUCUUCAUGCUACCUUUAGCUUCAGCCAACACUUCUUCCACCUUAUCAAACAGCUCUUUCUCCACUUUCAUUUGAACUCUCUCACCCAACAAGAUCUCAUUUCUUCUCAUCUCUCUCAACUCUUCUUCAAGUCUUGCAUUUUUGAAUUCAAGUUUUUCAACCUCAUUUAUCAAUGCCUCAUCAAUCCAUUUGAAGAUAUGAUUAUCAUUCUCAAGCUAAAAAUAACAACAAACCUUAUAAAAAUCGAUGACAGAAAACAAUACAGCUUAUUAAUGAACCUAAUUCAAACAGCACAACAAUAAACAACACAGCUAAAGA